GAGCUCCGCAAAACUACAAAUCCCGUCACGCCCCGCGACGCCCACUCGCCAGCUUUUGCCGGAAGGGAUCGUGGCUGACAUGGCGGAGGAUCUGCAGGGCAGCGGUGCGGGUAGCCCUCUGCACCCAAUCCCCAGUGCGAGCCACAGCAGCUUUCCUGAGUACGAGCUUCCCGAGUUGCACACGCGCGUGUUCUACGUGGGCGCCUUUGGGGAGCUGUGGCGUGGCCGGCUAGGGGCCCAGGAUUUGUCGCUGAGCGAACCGCAGGCAGCCGCGCAGCCGACGGACGGAGGGGCAUCCAACGACGGCUUUGAGGAUGCUGCAGUAGCUGGCGAUCUGGGCUGCAGUCUGGAGGCGGCGGCAGAGCUGAGGGUCGUUUGCGGCCUUGAUAAACUGAGAUGCCUCGGUAAAGACGAAGAUCCAGAAGUCAUCCCAGAGAACACCGACCUAGUGACUUUAUGUGUGAGAAAGGGGCUCUUGGACUAUCGGGAAGAAAACAUCACGAUAGAUCGCGCCUGUAGACAAGAAACAUUUGCUUAUGAAAUGGAAUCUCAUGCACUAGGAAAAAAACCUGAAAAUCUCGCAGACAUGAUUGAAGAAGGAGAAUCUAUCCUCUCUGUGAACAUCUUAUAUCCUGUUAUAUUUAACAAGCACAAAGAACACAAACCAUACCAGACAAUGCUGGUCUUGGGCAGUCAGAAGCUCACAGAACUGAGAGAUUCAAUUUGCUGUGUCAGUGACCUCCAGAUUGGUGGAGAAUUCAGCAGCGCUCCAGACCAAGCCCCUGAGCACAUCAGCAAAGACAUAUACAAGUCAGCUUUUUUUUUUUUUGAAGGAACAUUUUACAAUGACAAGAGAUACCCGGAAUGCAGAGACUUGAGCAGAACGAUUAUAGAGUGGUCAGAGUCCCAUGAUCGAGGAUAUGGAAAAUUUCAGACUGCUAGAAUGGAAGACUUCACAUUUAAUGACUUACAUAUUAAACUUGGCUUUCCUUACUUAUACUGUCACCAGGGAGACUGUGAGCAUGUUGUUGUCAUCACAGACAUAAGGUCAACUAUGUUCCUAAUGCUGCUGGAAAACAGGCAGAGUUGCAUUUCACUCUUCGUGUAUUUUCCUCAUGAAAGGCUUGUGCAUCAUGACGACUGCUUGGAUAGAACACUCUAUCCCCUUCUUACCAAGAAGCACUGGCUAUGGACCAGAAAAUGUUUUGUCUGUAAGAUGUAUACAGCUAGAUGGGUGACGAACAAUGACACCUUUGCACCAGAAGACCCAUGUUUCUUUUGUGAUGUUUGCUUCAGAAUGCUCCACUAUGACUCCGAAGGCAACAAACUAGGGGAAUUCCUUGCUUAUCCUUAUGUUGACCCAGGAACCUUUAAUUAGUACCAUUUUCAUCCUACUACAGUUCAGUUAAUAUACAUUAUUUAUUACAAGGAGCUGUUACAGCUUGUUACUUUAAAGUUGUUUGUUACUGAGAUGUAGAAAUGGUUUUUUGUAUUUUGAAUAUAUAAACCUUAUCAGAAACACAACUUCUGAUUCUUUUCUUCGAGUUCUAUUCUGUACCCUGAAUGGAUUUGGCUAAUGAUAGAAUGCAGUUAAUAAUACAUCAUGUAUGGUAGCCUUUUAAAAGAAAUCUUUGAAGGAUGUGAGAGCUACACCUUCUACUGUGAAGUUUCCAAGGUUUAAAUUAAAUUCAGCCGAAUCCUCCAUUUCUCUGGAUGGCUAAGAACAAACAAUUACCAUAUAAAUAAACCAAUGAAGCCUUAACAUCUGUUUAAAAGAUUUUGAAGUUUAAAAGAAGGUGAAGCACGUUUCAUGGACGUAAAUGUUACAAAUCCAAUUAUGGCGACUGACAUGGAGCUGACAAGUGCCUGCUUGUGGGUCUCAAGCUACAAUUUUGCUAUUUGCAUAUUCUCUGAUCAAUGGAAUAAAACUUGUUCAUUGAAGCCCUUGCUCUGCACACAAGAUGGCAGAUUGUCUUCACCUGGCAUCUUUACUCAGGUAAGUUGGUAUGAAUAGGAGCAUUUUUAGUGUAUCGCAUCUUGGUCUUGGUAACAUCUAUUAUGCUACUGAAUUCCUAACUAGAAUAGCAAAUGUGGUCAGAUGAACUCUGGUCAGAUUGUUUCUACAUACAGGCUUGCAACCAGAUUCUCUCAUUAGGGGGGCAUUUGAAAUUGAUCCAAGCAGCUGAGAAAUCAAAAUAGGUAUCCAUACAUGCACAUUAUACAUGCAUACUAUACACAGUGGCAGAGGUAGCUAUCUCAUUGACCAAAUCUCUUAGUUCAGCCAUUGUUAUCAGAGGUUUGAGAAUGGUAGCUUGUCUGUGAAUUAGCCUUACAGACUAUUUUCAAAAUGAACAUACAUGAUCAGAGUAAGGCAGCCUCCCAAGUAGGUACAUAACCUAGGAGUGUCCUUAAUGUUCUGAAGUUGGAUUUUUUGUAGUCUAUUGAUUAAACUAACGCCUGUGGUUAGGGAAGAAAAGGGAAGUCAACACAAAGCCAGUGAUAGUUCUCUCCUGCAUAGCUCCUGUAUUCCCUAGCAGGGUCUCAGUGACAACUAUUUCCUUAGCAGGAAAUCCAGAAUUCCUUUAGUAAUAAUCAUUUACUAGUGGAGUUUGGUAGAAAAAACUUUUUAAUUAAAACAAUUUACACAUUGACACUUAUGGCUUAACUAGAAUAAUUUUUGUCCAAGUUAAAAAUGUGCUAAGGACAAAACAGAAGACUGGUGUAUAUAUAAUGUACAGCAUUUGCUCAAAACAGUAGUUAAAUUGUAAGAGCUAUCAAAGCAAAAGUCCAAUUAUUGAAGUAAUUUUUACAUAGAUGAAAAUAAUUAUCUGAGAAAUCAAGAACAUAUUUAAUCGCAUCGCACACAAACACUGGUAUUAAGUCUCUUUCCUAAGAAUUUCAAGCUUUCCUACCUAUUAAAAACCAAUAACUGACCCGAUUACUCAUAAUACCUUUGAAAUGUUAUCCCUAAAUUUAACAGUGAAAGUCCAUGUUUGUUUGUAUGGACUAUCUGGUUACUUCCUCUUGGAACAAUUGAUGUUUGUUUUUAUCUGUAUCCUCUGAUAUGUCUGAUAGAGAAACUAAAAAUCCCAUCCCAAUAUGUCCAUGUUUUCAAUUAGUUUUCUUAUUUAUCACUUAUAAGCAUCAUGGAUUGAUUGUAAUUUUAAAAAAAGAAAACACACACCUUAAUGGGUGUGACCUUCUUAAUGAGUGUAAGAUUAAAAACAAACUAGUUUUAGGUUUUUGUGACUAGUAGCUAUAAAGGAUUGUAGAUGGACUUCCUAUAUGUAGAUAUACCAGUCUGUUCUCUUUAGUUCUAAUGCCACUGAAAUCCCAGUCCUAAAACUAAAUUACUUUGGAAAGUAAACAAAUUUGUACCUUCUAUAACAACCUGGUGUAUAUCUAGUUGUCAUACAGACUACACAUUAUCACAGAGGCAAGCUAAUGUAGCACAAUGGACUGAGGUUAACUUCUGAUAAAAGGAGUGAGUACUUAGAAGUAACAUUCACUUUAUCAUCCAUAAAAAUGCUCAACUUCUAAAAAACCCACAAACAGUGAAAAGACAGUCUGGUAAAUCCAGUAUUUGUAAAAACUAUGCACAAAACCCACGGUAUUUGGGAAAGAGGAAAGAUUCAUACAAGUAGCAGUUUUAAAAUAUAACCGCCCUUCUACCAAUUACACAUUAACUACACACUAACUGAAAGUACACCACAGUCAUGUCUAUAAAGCAGGUUAACCUUUCUAAGUAGGUUUCCCUUACUCUUAAACUAGAUGACGGAGCUGUUAAUACUGCACACGGGAAAUUAGCAAUAGUUGACUUUUACACAAAUAUAAAGGGUUUUUCUUCCCCCCAACUACUUAAACAUCAAAACCUAUGCUUAUAAAACUUUAAACCUUUCAGCAGCCUAAGUAUUUCAAAUGAAGUCACUCACGACAGACUUCUCUCUUAUUCAUUACAUCUGAAAUCUGCCAACCUAGUUAUCUAGUGUAGACUCCUUCAGAGAUAGUUCAGCUUCUCUCUCUUCUCCAGGUGGCCUAAAAGAAAGGGAGAAAAAAGAAAGGCAUUACAACUAGGCUUGGGGGUUUUCUCUGGAGCAAGAAGGACAUUAAAUCUGUGUCCGAUUUAAUUUUAAAAAAGAAAGAAGAGAAAGAACGACCUACAAAACACUGCUACCAAAGCAAUACACAGAUCUGGUUAGAUAAUCCUUGGAAGCAUUUUAGAUCUGAUACUAACUUUUGUGAUGACAACAUAAAAAUUGUUUUCCUUCAUUGAGUUCCUACCUAGAUCCACUUUCCUGAAUAAAUAUAGGGGCAAUUUAAUUGUUUAAUCUGUAAUCACAAGCCAGCUGUGGCUGAAGGACUGCUUUGGGUUCAAGGCCAACUGUGCACUAUAGGGAGACCUUGUCUCAAAAAACCUUUUUAGGGUGUUGGAGAUGUUUUAGGGUGUUGGUUCUCACUCGUAGACAGCUACAGUUUUCUGAUGGAUAGAGAUUGAACACAGGGCCUUAACCACUUAACACAUCCAGUUCUUCCUCCUGCCGUUUUGAUUUGAUUAGUAAGGCUGGGGCUGGGGAGAUGGCUCAGUGGUUAAGAACACUGACUGUUUUUCCAGAGGUCCUGAGUUCAUAUCCCAGCAACCACAUGGUGGCUCACAACCAUCUGUAAUGGGACCCAAUCAAUGCCUUCUUUUGAUGUUAUCUGAAGACAGCUACAGUGUACUCAUAUACAUAAAAUAAAUACAAUCUUUAAAAGAAAAGUAGUAAGGCUGAUGUAAUAGCACACACCUCCAAUUCCAGCACUCCAGAGGCAGACAUUUCUGUGGGUUCUAGUUUACAUUACAACUUCCAUGACAGCCAGGGAAAUAUAUAGUCACAAAAUAUACAAAUAAGAUCUUGUCUAAAAGGAGUCUUGGGGGGAAAGGAGUGAAACAAAAACAGAACUAUCAAAAUGUAACUAUCACUGGGUGUAUUGUAUCCCUACCAUGGUUGAGUCUCAGGAGAAGCAGAAGAUGCACACUGUGAUACUCUCUUAAUACUAAUAACUUGGGGCUUUAUUGUGCUAAAAUCAUGAAUAAGAAAGUGAGCAAAGCUCAACAGUCACCUCUGUAGUCAUGGCAACUGGGAGAGCCAAGGGAGGAGGAGGAGCUCCAGAGUCUGAAGCCAGACUCAGCAUCUGAGCAAGGACCUUACCGUUUUCCUACUAUGCUAUGAGUGCUCUUCUGCCUGUGCGCUACAGACAGCUGUGAGCUGCUAUGUGGUUGCUGGAAAUCAAUCCCAAAUCCUCUCAAGAACCAUCUCUCCAGCCUGAUUGUGAUUUUAACUUAAUGGCCUGUUAUGACAUGCCUUACUUUGUCUUACUGCUGGCCUCACGGCUGUCCUUGCUUUCUUCGUUACUGUCGCCAUUAUGUUGUGGAUGAUUACUCUCUGGAGCAUCAGAUCCGCCAUUUAGGCUCUUCGUACCUUUAGAAUAGAAAAACUGUUAGUCUCAUACAAAAUGAUAUACUAAAUUAUCUUAAAAAGUCCUUCAGGGUGCUAACACUUCAGCCUUUCUAUAAAUGAUAAGGGUGAAGUCAUUUCAAACAACAAUGAAAAGAUGAACUACUAAAUUGUACCAUUCAAAGUCUAGAACAGCACAAUAAGGUUGUUUUUUAAAUGGAGUAAUUGACAUACUAAUCUCAUUACAUUUAGGAAAAACAUUAAAUAGUAAAACUAGCGUGUAGUUUUGGGGUUUUUCUGUUCUAUUUUAGGGAGAACCAAAUUUUGUAUUAAUAGUAAAUUAGAGCAGAAUGCGCCUAAAGUAUCCAAAGCAGCCUGGGCAUUUUCUCGUAAAACCCACUAAUAAAUCUCUUUUUAAAAAAAUAUAUUGAAUAAGUGAGAGAUUUUUGUUGUUGUUGUCUUGAAAGAUUAACACUGAAUUGGGGGGGCUGAUAAUGGUAUUUUUUUCUUAGGUAAAUUCUGAACCACAAUGUCUGGAGUUUAUUUUUAAAUAUACUUGGGUUCACACAAAGGCUGUACAAGACCACAGCAUGUACAUACUAAGCAGCACUUCAUCUAACACAUUGGGAACCUGCAGUGUUAUAUCUGGACUAUAGGACUCAAUUUAAUAUGUAUCUUCAUGGCCGUUUUAUUCAUUGACAUUACAAAGCAUAGGUAUGUGUCAGCCACCUAUUUGGAUAGUCUGCUCUUGAUAUCACUGUUCCUUCUGACUCCAUUUAGAUGCUACCUAUCACAAUAGAAUAUAGCUUAUAUCAAAAACAUACCAAGAGUUAAAGUGCAUAACAUGCUCGGGGUAACUAAGUGACACAGAACAUUGGCCAAAAUACCCGUUGGCUCUGAUCAGAAAGAAAUCAGCAGCAUCUUCAGCUCAGCUGAGGAUGCAGCAGUUCUGGUCAUAUGCUAACUAUACAUUGUAUUUUUUAGCUAAAGCAAAUGAGGGACGGAGGGAAUUGGCUGGUUCUUACUUUCCUCAAGUCAUUAACACUUCUUGUUAGAAGUUUCCUUCAUAAUGCCCAUCAUAACAUCCUUACAGGUUGUAUACAAGUAGUCUGAGUUAAUGGCAUCCUCAUUGUUAAUACAGUGUAGCCUCAUUUCUGAUAGAGGUUCCUUCAUUUCUAACAUUAACAAGACCAUUUACAAAAAGCAACCCUGGCAAACAAUUUUGAGUAGCACGGAAAGUAGCAGCUGAGUGUAUCACUACAUACCUGUUUGUUCCUUUUCUAGCUUUUUGUUUGGCCCUUUCUUCCCCUGAUCUUUGGUUUUAUUUGCUUCCUCAUGCUGUCUUUGUUCAGCAAGAGAUUUGUUCAGCACUUGGGUGAUGACUGAAUCUCCUUCACCAACCAAAAACAUAUUCUUAAACUUGUUAUAUAGCAUUGUAGACUUUUCCAUGAUAACUUGACUGACUUUGAACCGCCGUAUCUGAGAAAACAAUCGUCAUAGUUAUUUCCCCUAAUUGAUUAAACUUUCUAAAAAUGAUGAACUGAGAAAAGAUUCAAGAUUUGCAGGUGUUCAAGGCACUUACUUUCUUCAGGGUUGUGAUCAUCUCUGUGUGUUUCUGAGCUUGUUGCAUUGUUACCUGAAGUGAAGCAAGUUCAUCCAGUGCCUCUAUGCAUCUGUUCACAUCCUUCAUGACAAAACAGCAAUUUCAUAACUGUUAAUUACCAAAGCAAUCUAUGUACUCUACUUUUGAAGAUCUUAAAGCUCUUAAUGUGGUACAAAAAUGGCCAGGUAUUGUUCCUUUAUCUUAAACUUACAUACUUAAGUCUUGUGAGGAAAUACUUAAAGCUAUUAAAGCAGUGUAUUUUAAAUGAGGUUAAACACUUACUAGAUUAUCAAUUUUGAGUGAAUUUUUAAUUUCAGCAUGUAUCCUUUGAAGUCGAGAAUCCAUUGAUGUUUCUAUAAAUUGAAAUAUGUGAGAAAUAGUAAAUAGUUUUUAUCCACACCAUAUUUCUGUGCAGUCUAACAUAUAAAAGUAAUGGUGGUUAUAAAAUUUUUCUUCAUAAUCUUUCAGAAACCCAUAUAGAUGAACAGCAUAAAAAGUUACCUGCUAAUUUUCAUAUAUGGUUCCGAGAAGAAACACGCAGCAUAAAAGCAAAAAAUUACAGCACACCACAUUUGUUCUGUCUCGGAUGUCCUACAUGUUAGCUCUUAAAUUCCUGCUUCACCUUGUGCAUUUAACUGCAAGGUAUUUAUCAAAAGCCUCCAGCUCUUAGCUGGGCUGCACAACUGACACCAAAUAAGCAUUAAGCAGGUUUACUUUAAUUGAAAUGCAAUUUAAUAUAGAAUCUAUUAGACUUGAAAACAUAUGUUUUGUAAGAUCGAAGAACAUGAAAUGGGAUUUGAAAAGUCAUUUUUAAAUUGUUAAAUUUUAUGUCUAUUUACUGUUUUUUUAAAGUCAGGAUCCCACUUUGUACCCUGGUUGGCUUGGAACUUGAAGUUCUCCUGGCUGUGCCUCCAUAAAUGCUAGGAUUCCAGGCAUGUGCCAUCACAUCCAGCUUCCAUUAACUUUCUGAGUAAUUUUGUAUGUCUUAGAAAGUAAAAUAACUAACCUCGCUUCUUCUCCACUUUCUUAACUUCUGGCUUCUUUCCUUCAUCUUUAUUCUGCCUAUCAAAUGUUAACACAAAUAUUUCAAAACACUGUAACUUUGGACUAAGGUUAGCCCAUAUUCCCCUGUGUAAAGAUUUAAAAAAAAAAUGUUCCUUAAAAAAUAAUACAUCAGCCUACAAAACAGGACACUGACUAAUUUCUAGAACUAUGAGGUUCUACAGCAUUAACAUAAAGACAAAACUCAAACAUGCUAAAUUAAUUGCUUUCAGUGACAUCACAGUAUGACGUUGAAGCAGUCACAAAUGAAAUAUAAUAUUAAAAAUCCAAUUUCAGGAUCACUGAAUAAACAGUUCACAAUGGCAAAAGAGGAUCUACAAAUUCAUAAUGAACUUUAAAUCAACUUCCUUUACUACAUUUUUUAAAGCAUAUUAAAGUAGACCAGUUACAUUGUAACCCACAUCUCCAAAGGACAGGUAAUUCAAGGGACUUAGAAAUUGGGCUUCAAUUUCAAAACAGACUUGCUUUAAACUAAUUGUUUUUGUUUUUCUUAAGUUGUAGAGGAGGCCAUUGUUUUCAGGGUAAAUGACAUCCACUAAUGUUUACAUACCAUUUCAUAAGUGAAAAAGUACCAUUUUUCUAAGAUUAACAAAAAAUAACCAUUUGAAAGUUUACUUUCUAGUACCUUGGCUUGGCAUUCAGGCCCUAUUAUGAACCAAUUAAAAUAGACAAGAACAAAAAAAUACCUAAAAAUCAGGUUUUUUUUUAAAAAAACUUUAUUUUAAAAUUUUGGUUACAAUUUCAGUUUUUUUACUUAACAUGUCUACUGUUUAAUCUCUCAGGAUUAAAAAGAAAAAAACCAAGACUCUAGAACUUAACAACAAAAGAAUGUCAAGGGAAGGGCACACCUGCCCCAGUUUUCAAGAAUGUAAUAGCUAUUCCAGUUUAAUACCUAGCUUCAAAACAAAAUGAGUUUUCAUUUUUUCUAAGUGAAAUAAUGUACAACCACCAUCUUCAUCUAUGUUUGUUAUAAUUUCAAACACAAAGCUUCAUUUUAAGCUUGGCUAAAAAAAAAAAACAAAAAACAAAAAACAGGAAUGAUGGCCAACCUUAAUAUGUAGUGUGUACCUUACAGGAUAUUUUGUUAACAAUCAUAACACAGUUAAUAAUGCCAUUAAUAGUGAAGUCCUCAAUUUAGAAUCUGGAACAUUUCUUCCAUCAAGGGGGGGAGGGGGAAUUCAGUCCAAUGAGUCUGUCUCAAGAUCUUCAUCGCUUGUAUGCUCCACUUGUAUUCUCUUUUCAGUUACUGGAUUAAUGCUUUGAGCCCAAAAUGAGAUAUAUUUUUAUUACUGUAGAUUACAUGUUGUUUGGCUGGGAAUACAAUACAAUAAACUUUAUUUUGCAUAAUGCAUUUCACACAAGUUGCAUCUGAAAUGCUUUACAGAGCAAAACUGUCCAAGUACAAAGUUUUGUAAUAACAGGAGAAGGAAAGAAAACACAAAUAUUAGAAUUUGAGAAAGUUACAUUGGAGGACAUUCAAAAGAAACUGAAAUACAAAAAAGAUAUCUUGAGAUUCUGAAGAAGAAUUGGGCUAGAUUCACUAAGCAACACCUAAUUUAUGCCUAAAUUCUGGGAGCACAAAAUUAAAAGCAACAACAGUCACAGUAUCAGUGGAGAGAAAGGAUAGGAAUAAUGGCAUUUACAGAUGUGUCCAUAAUCUGUCAUUUUAAUCACUUUUAAAAACUCCCUCAACCAGCUAAACUGCUCUGUAUCCUCCAAAUAGCUACAGAAGCAGACAAUGUACCUAUAAAAAUGGAUACUUUGUAGAUACAUCAUAAAAAUAAGUAAAAUGUUCAUUUUUUACUAUUUGCCACUGUAUAAGUCCCUACAACAUGUUUUGAAUUAUCUCUACCAAUAAGUAUGACAAUUUAUAAAUGAGAAAAAGGGACAGUGAUAAACUAGGAAAGCAAAUGUGUACAAGAGACAUGAAGUCUAAUUAUUGUAAUGACUAUUCCUUGUACUGAUAAAAUACUGAUACAAUAAAGGAGGAAGAAAGUUCUAAUGGUAAAUCCAAGUGUCAAACUACAAUUCAAGUUUGAUUCAUAUAGUAUCUAUCAAAUGCAAGCCUCUGGGUUUACGUUUAUCGGCUUCCAGGUUUCCAACCGGGGUUGCAUUCUUUCACCACUAAUAUAUUUUCAUAAUUCUAUGUUUAACAUGUUAUAUAAAACCUAACCAUACUUUAACUUAUAUUCCAAAAGAGUUCACAAGAGGAUUAUUACCUCAGUGAAUUUCAUUUCUGAAAAAAGAAUAGAGCCUGAAAUAGCAUAUAUGGAAGGUUUUCUAAUAUGAGAAGUCACUUUAAAAGGCUUCAUCAACUCUGGAAAAUGAGAGGCUACUUAAAGGUUUAAUACUACUCUUUAAAAAAAGAAUGCAAGAUUGAAAACUAAAAAGAAUACUUACUGCUCAGUUUCCAUUUGUUCCUCUUGCUUGCGUUUCCUAUCUGCAGCUUCUUUCUCAUGUUGGCCUUUUAGCAUGUUCCUCCUGUGAGCAGCCUGGAAGUUUCUUCCACCCUUUCUCUUCUGUUUGAGAAUAGGAUGGGUUUAUUAACUCUCAAGGUAGUGGUUUGAGACUAACUAUAACUAAGUUUAAGCCCAUGCUUAAAUAAACAAGAACACAGAUCUACUGACUGGAUAUGAGUCUAUUACUCUCCUUUAGAAGUAAGCUAAGAAUCUAUCCAAUUGAAGUUUUUGGCUUUGAGCAGGCCAUGGUGGCCCACACCUUUAAUCUCAGCAAGUAGGGGGCACAGGCCAGGUGGAUUCCUGUGAGUUCAAGGCCAGCCUGGUCUCCAAGGUUGAAAUUACAGUAGGAAAAGAUUAAUGUUUAAUGUAUCAAUGCCACCUCUUGUGUUUUUGAUCAGUCAUCUGGAGUACUGGAAGUAUAUCUAUUUUCUAGAAACUAACUGUGCUAUGAGGAGGCAGGAUAAAUUUAAAAACAUUUCAGAUAAGCCUUUAUUUGAAUUCUAUUAGGAAAAUAAAGAAGCUCAUAAACCUUUAACAAAUAUUAAAUACUCACUAUCUAGGAAACAAACUUAGGAAAUAAAUAGCUCAGUUGAUUAAAUACUUCCUGUCCAAGAAUGAGGAUCUGCCUUCAGAUCCCAAGCACCCCUAUAAAAGCUGAGUAUGACUGCAUAUAUCUGUAACACUGGUACUUAGGGUGGCAGGGAUGGAGAAAAGUCGUGGGGCCAAAUAGAAGACACCACUUAGGCUCAAUUCCCAGCAUCCAGAUGGAUGGAAUUUUGUUCUUAUCUCCAAUUCCAAGAGAUCUGUCUACAGAUAAAUACAUAGUGCAGGCAAAGCAUUAACACAAAAAGAAGAUAAUUAGCAUGAGGAAGAGGGAGCUGGGGACAUUGUUCAGCAGUUAAAGAGGACCAAAGUCUGUAUUCCCAAAACCCAAAAGCUCCAUGUAAUUGUUGUGACCCACCUAUAAUUACAGCCAUAGCAGGCAGAUACAUGUGACCUCCAGGUCAAAGUUGCCACCAAGAUUAGCCACAUGAGGCCUUCUCAAGUGUUUGCAUGAGACACUUCUAAAAUGAAUUAAGUAUGGCCUCUCCAUACUCUGCUGCAUGAACACCUCAUACAGAAACACAUGGGGAGGCAAACAGGCAAGGAAUUUUGAGUGUGAAUUUGCUACCUUUUCACCUUCUUGAUCAUCUUCAUCUUCUGAAUCAGAGGUUGAUGUAACCCCUGGUUUAGGUAAAUUUUUCCGUUUAGAUUCAACUUCUUUCUUUCCCUCUUUCUUAUCUGGCUCUUUUCGUGGCUUCUCUUCUUCCUUUUGGCCUUCUUCCUCCUUUUUAAGCUGCUUUUUAGGUUGUUUUUCCUCUGGGCCCUUUUUUUUACUUUUGUCUUCAUCAAUAACCCUACACAUUAAGAGUGCAAGAGCAGAAGAUUCAUGUAUACUUUUUUUGAAAGAACUGUUUGUAUUUAUUCAUGUGUGUGUGAGGAGGUGGUUACUGGAUGUGUGUGCUGGGAACCAAACUCCACUCUGCUGGAAAAACAGUGGGUGUGCUUAGCUGCUAAGCCAUCUCUUCUGCCUUUAUUUAAUAUUAAAGGUUUAACAUUAAAUGUUUAAAAAAAUAGACCAUUUGCCAUACUAUUAUAAAACAGAAUUUUCAUUAUGUACAAUUUUUGGAUGUUUCUUGCUCCUAUUUAGCAUAUAUUCCAACACUGAGGUAUAACCCAAGACCCCAUUUAAUGGAAUUUCACAUUUAUAAAAAUAUAUCAUAUGUAGAGAUUAAACAUAAUGUUAAAUAAACGACUAGUUACUUUUAUUAAGCAAAUCAUCAUACAACCCAUGAAGAAUAGUGACAUGAGUAACAUAAGAACCUUCAAAUCUAUUUUCUCAGCAGUUUUUAAGUAUAUUAACUGUUACUGUAUGUACAUUAGCAUACAAAAGACAAAAGAGACAAAACGUUUUACUAAGUUACCCAUGCUGGCUGCAAAUGCCAAGGGACACAGUCUUGCAAAACAAAAAGCAAAAAAAAUGUUAUUUUGUGGUGGUGGUUUUCCCCCUUUGAGAGUACUGUAACAAGAAGCUUGAAAAGAAAGCUCUUAAAAAGUUCUAUUUUGGUUGAAAAGUACCGACUCUAAAAAUAAUUCGGGUGCAUAAAAUGGCUUGGUAGUGAUAAGUGUUUUUUGUUCCUUCAGAAAACCAGAACCAGAGUUUACUUCCCAGGGCUAACCUGGUGGCUCACCAUUGUGAGUCUGUCUGACUCUAAGAGCACUUGAAGUGUACAUACCACAGUAAAUCCAUUCCUAAGCCACCCUACACAAUCAUCACACCGGUCUCUCAUUUUCCUGACUAUAUCAAGUUUCUCAAAGAAAUUCAAGGUGAACAGAUUUUCUAAGUGGGAAAAGAUAACUAGAUUAAAAAGAAAGCACCAACCAGGAGACGGCUCAGUGGGCACAGAUGCUUGCCAUCAAGUCCUAACUGUGGGAUUCCAUUCCCCAGAACCUAGUACACAGAACAGUGGGUCUCUGGAUGUUAGCCUACAUGACCUAAGUUUGUUAUCAUACACACAAAAAAAAGAAAAAAAAAUUCACACAGCAGAAGCAGACUUCAAUCCCACUAACACACACCCUCCUCCAGUCUCUCAUCAGCUUUAGAGAUAGAAAAGAGAACUUACAAACACGGCAGAGUCAAGUUUUUUCUCCUGUUUACAAAGGCCUCAGUAAUUUUGUAUUGAAAGCAAACUCACAUGUCACUGUCUGACGGGCAAGGCUGUUUCACCACUUUAGGUCUGCCUCUUGGCUUUGGAAUCUUGACUUCAGCAGCUAAUUUUCAUAUAGAAAAAAAAAAAUUUGUUCUUAGAUGCAAGGCUUAUAUAGAAUACAAAUGUUAUGUAAUAUAUAUACAUCCUAAAAACUAGUGACCUCGGGGAUUAAGAGACACUUUUGACAGAUUGAAAACUGGGAAACUGUAAUCGGGAUGGAAUACAUGAGGAAAAAAUGUAUGUAUAGUAUCACUCAUUCAGACUUCAUGUAUUUAUCACCAAUAUGUUAAUCAGAAUUCAAAGAUAUUUAUCAUCAUUAUAAUACUAUAAAACACGUACAUACAUUUUAAAUUUUCUUUCUAGCCUGACUACUCCCCUUAUCGGUUUUCAAUAAGGAUACUAUCAUGAUGUAUCUAGUUGAUUUUCAGUGUUGUAUUCGGUAUUAUGAAGAACAACAGAAGAUUAUUUCCAAAUUAUCAAAUCAAUACUAAUCCUAUCAGAAUGUGAUGAUCUGAAAGUGAAGAAAGUACAAUAAGCCGACUAUUCACAGUAUCUUAAAGCUCACUACUAGAUUCACCUUUCAGUAUUUGGAGAGAUUUUCAUUUAAUUUGGAGACAAAAGAAACCACAAUUAUUUCAGACUUAAUAGCUGUCACAAGCAGAAAGCAUUUCUCCUUUGAAAUUGUUCUUAUAUAUAGCCUGAUGUCUACAUGACAUUUUCUCAGACGUGUAGCACAGUGUUAAUUCUUUAAAACUCCAUGUCCUACUGACACCACAGACAUAGUCAUACAAUGAAACUGCCUGAUGACUAAUUUCUUCAGCCUCGUCUAUAUCCAUGUUAAAAGUGAUGUGACUCUCUUUAAUCAACUUCUCUUAAUAUUAUUCCAGAAUACUUGAGCCAGCAAUGUUUUAAUGGACUCGAAUAUUAAUCACAAGCCAAGCAAGUAUCUAAGCAUUAAUGAGCCUACCCGCAGGUCGUCCUCUCUUAGGACUUGCUUUCACAUUAGAAGCAGUUGCUGCAGUCAUUCCGGCCUCUUCAGCGUCUACUUGUUUUUCAGCCUGAAUCACAAAAAUAUAAUUAAUUUAGCAAAAUUAUAAGCAUAAAAAGCAUAAUUUCUGUAUGAUUUUAUUACUUUUGAACAAUCAAAAUCAACGAAUAUCAUCUCAGUGCCUUCAAUCACUUUUUAAAAAUUUCCCAACCUAAAAUAAUCGUCUGAAAAAAUAAAACUAAUAACAUUGUUGAUACAACAUGAAAACCAAUGUAUAAUGUGAUUAUACUGUGAACGAUUCACAUUGCUACUUUUAACUAAUUAACUUUGAUUGUUUCAACCCAGACUGACAUCUGAUGCUAUUACUUUACUGACUUCAGGAAAAUAUAAAUUUAAGAACCACCAAUUAGAUAUAAAAUAAAAACAUUAGGAAGUAGAUAGUAAUGGGUAUAACUGUAAAGGGAUAACUAAACUAAAGCACAACUAAAGCACAUAAGGACAUUAAAGAGCCACUUGGACUUCAGUAUUAAUGCUCCAACCAGAGCAAGAAUGUUCACAGAAACACACAGAACCCAAUUCAAUUAAUAAAAAAAUGUCAAUAUAUUUGCAAGAAACAGCAUUGCUUUUGCUUACUUUUAUCUGAGGGGCAGAUAAGUAUUAUUGCAACUCUCCAUCUAGACAGCCCAGACUAGCCUUGAAACUCUCUUCCUGCCUCAGUUUAUAGGCAUGCCACCAGGCCCAGGUCAAUCUACCUUUAAUUAAUCAUGCCCAAGAUGAAAAAGAAUGAUAUCUGCCUCUAAGAAUACUCAAAUUAUUAAAACUGAUCCAAGGUUACUCUUGUUCUCAGAAACAAAACAAACUUUCUCAUGAGGUCUCAGGUUAAGAAAUAUUCCAGAUCUGAACCUGCAACCCCAUACAAAUGAAAGAGCCAGACAUCUGUAUUUCCAUAAAGCUCCAGAGAUGCCAAAGGUUAAACUCUUCCUGGUGACUUAAUAAAUAGGUCAGAAGUUCUUUAAAGUUACGCUUAAACAGAUUGGCUCAAGGGCAAAAAGAACUUAUUCACUUACCCUUUCGGCAUUUGGAAAUAGUCGAAAGCAAAGAAUUACAGGUACAAUGGAUCAUUUGAGAAGAUGCCAAUAAACAGUGAAACAUUCAUCAAUAAUAAGUAAAAAAAACCCAACUCUUAAUAUCAAACAAAGAUUGGCUGUACCUUGGAUUAUGUUUAUGACUAGAAUAUUUUAUCCAGAGUAAAGACUAGUUGUUUGAAAUACAUGCAUGAGUAUCUUUAAUGUUCACAUUCUAGCUAGAUUGCUAAUAGAGGACCUCUAACACUGGAUUUAGUUCUCACUGUUAGCCUGUCUUUUCUUUUUCCUAAAGCCAUUCCAGAUCCAGAGAACCACUGUUCAUACCCUUUUACAAGCCCUCAAGUCCCUCACGCACUAGGAAGACAGGAGGGAUAGGAUACAAAUAGGAAAUAAUUUUGUCUUUGUAGUUGCAGAAUCUCAAGUCUGCGGUUAGUCCUUUUACCUUCUGCAAGUCCUGAGUAGCUAAUACAUUUGUAUUCACUUACUGAUUGAAAGUCAGAAUGGGAAAGUGAAAUAAAGCCAGAAAGAAUUGCCAUGAUGUCCAAGUCCCUUUCUGAGUCACACAUCUCUGCCUUAAUUCUUAAUUCAACCCCUUCAAAGUGGGUGUUUCUCAUUUUUCCUAGUUUUGCAAAAAAAAGGGUAAGAUUUUUAAUGCUAUUUAAUAUUAAAUGUCUCCCUGUACAUAUGUAAUGCAAAGCCCUGAUUUAUUGUUUCAUUGCUUCCCCUAUUUCUUGAGAUUUAAAUUAUACUUGCAACUACCACUAAACAUUUAUUCUCCAAUCUACUUCAUUUCUGUCCUUAAUACCUAAACAAAACUAAAAAUCUCCUGAACAGACUAAUGACCAAAUAUCUUUCUGGAUACCACUGUUAACUCCCUUGUUAAUUUUCCCUUUCUUUCUUAGCUAGACAACUUCUGGUUUCUCUUCAGGGUUUUUCCAAGUCAACAUUUCAUAGAGGCAUGGUUCCUUCAUCUCUAUUAUAUCUUGUCUCAAUUCUGGCUUCUGCAUCUAUCCCAGUAUCCUCUAGUAUCUUUAUAGCAGUGGUUGUCUCUCUUCCUCUUUUAUACUGUAUUCACAGGGAUAUCACUACAAUUCCCAAGAGUACUUAACUUUUUCCUCUGAACACAAACCAACAUGCUCUACACCCCCAAUCAAGUAUACAGUCACUAGAGUAAACACCUUGGAGUCUUCCCAUAUUCUGUUCCAUUCUUUUUAGCAUCAAUCAGUUAUCAACUUAACUUCCUGAAGCGUUCGUUAUAAAUUCCAUCUCACACUAACAAAAAUAAGUAACUUGAUGUUUAACUUGGUGAGUUUAAUGCCGAUUCCUAAAGCCUUCUUUUCAGUUACUAGGUCACUCUUAUAGGCCCUCAUCUUAACUGUUAUAGGCAAUUAAGCAAGCCUUUUGGCUUCCCUGUAUAUAGUAAAGUUACAUGUAUAUUAUUCUAUUGUCUAUUAGUAUUGUCUUAAAAGAAUGAUGCACAUACCUCAAUUUAGGGGCAUUUAAUUAAGAUGGGCAUAUAAUUCAGCAAUGGACCUUGCCUAGUAUGUGUAAGCAAGCACUGGUAUGAGCACCAGCACAACAGAACAAAAACACCCACUGGUUUAAAAUGCUAGCAAACAGAGCUUGUGUUCACUCAGUGGUAGAGCUAGUGCUUACAGCAUGUUGAAAGUUCCAGGUUUGAUCAACACAAAAAACCACAUACAUCAACAAAGCAUCUAUGCCUUUAGUAAGCCAUAAUGGUUGCCUUACCUUGGUGUUGAUGACUACAAUUUAUCAGCAUGGUAGUUACUAAACAUAGGGGUAUCUGUGGAGGGGUACCUGUGGCAACUUCUUAAAAGGAAACAAAAUGAAAUCUACCCCAUCAACUGAUUUAUUCCAUGCACAGAAAGUUACAUUGUAGAAUGCAAUGAUUUUUAUUUUUUAUAUUUUACCUACAGACUUCUUUCAAAUUGGGGUCAAAUGUCUCAAAAUCCGAUGCUGCUUUGUCAGCCAUUUACAUAAUAUCUGAAAUUAUUUAACAUUUAUAAUACCUUCACCAGGAGGAGACUGUCCAGAAAUCAAUCUCACUGCUAAUCCACAAGUGUUGCUGGCUUUACUCACAGGCAUGACUAUCCUUCCUGUAUCCUUGUACACUUGCAUCACAUCACAGCCCCUGGGCAACCAGGUGGAUAGUCAGUGACUACCUGUAGAAAGGAGCCUUUUCCUGAGCAGUUAGUGUAAACGUCCUACAUUUCCAAAGGGUUCAUAAUUAAGUCAUUAGCAAUUCCAGACCCUAGGCUUUGAAUACACAAAUUGAAUUCCUAGCUGCAACUUCUUCCAAAGUAAAGCUGUUUGCAAUGAAAAUUCCAUUUAGUGUGAUCACAUUCUUCAGUUUUCUUAGAUCUGGAUAACUUACUCAACUUCUCCAUCAGCACAUGCUAUCCCUCGCAGCUUCCUGCCACAUCCCCACCACCUGAUCAAGGAGAGCUCUUUGUCUGUACUUUUUUUAAUAUAGAUAUAAAACCUCCCUCAGCUUUCAGAGAACUGAAGCCAGGGCUUUGCCCUGGAAUGGGAUUUGGCUUAGAGCAGCAUUUUGACUGGCUUUCGUCUUAUCCUGACUACUACUACUACACUUUCUCCUCAGGAGCAGUGAUUUGUUGUACUUCCUUAUCAUUUCAGAAUUCACUUGAGUAGCACUCUGAAUUUUGUGCAAGGAUUUUUCCUUUGUACUACAUUCACACCUUGGCUUACUGGCUCAAGAAGCUCAGGUUUCACCCUACUCCUCUCAGGUUAAUCAUUUAAUCUGACUUUUUCCUUUUGUAAACUGACUAAUCUAAGAAUAGCCUGUAGAGGGAGCAGUCACAACAUUUUUCAGUUAAGAUGCUGUCUAUAUACAAAGUUUGUGGUGACUCAAGAAUGAUCAAAGAUCAUUAGACUACCUUAAUAGGACAAAAAUCUAUAAAUAAAAUUAACAGAAUGUGUCAGAAAGUGAAUACAUACUCUUAUAAAGACUAGCUCAGCAGGGUAGCCAUAAAACAGCCUGGUAUAAAUAAACCAAGCAAAGAAAAAAAAAAACCCUAGUUUGUAUUGCUAAGUCCAAUAACACACAAAGCUCAAGAAAAUGAAACAUUCAUGUACGUAAUAAAAAAAAAAAUUAACAAGAGACCUGUUUGCUUUAUUCCCCCUGAAACUCUACCUACUUUUAUCACUGAUCUGUUCUCAGUUCCUAUCAUCACACUGCCUAUGAGUCACAGAACAUUUAAUGAGUGAUUUCCCAUCACAGCAGUUCUUCAGAAAAAUAUUGUAGACUUCCUUUAACCUCCAACUUUAAAGCUUAUCAAUGAUGAAAUAUGCAUCAUCAUGUUUUGCAUUCUUGUUAGUGCCUGAAUGUACCCUUCCUUAGAUAACCUGCUCCUUUACUUGCUCAUUCUUUAACACAGUAAAGUUGUAAGGUCAUUUCCCUCAAGUAUACCAGGGGACAAAAGGCAACAAUUAAAAGCCUACAAAAUACCUGGCCUAACCUGUCACUGCCCCUCUUGUCUCACAAAACACUGAAUCAGCACAGUGGACAACAGGCUAUGCUAGUAGUGAAGAAUCCGGAUUCACUCUUAAGAUUUCACAAGUAUUAAAUCAUCAACAAUUUGAUUAUAUACUAUCAUUUUAUAGAGAUGAGGCAGAUUGAAAGAAGUAAAAAUUGGUUCAUUUUAUUUCCUUUUAUCAUUCAGCAUAACUUGAGGGUGCUACAGCCUUCUCACCAAGCAGUUUUACUAAGUAACCAACUUACCCUUUAAGAAUUAAAGGGUAGCCAGGUGGUGGUGGCGCACACCUUUGGUCCCAGCACUUAGGAGGCAGAAGCAGGUAGAUUUCUGAGUUCGAGGCCAGCCUGGUCUACAGAGUGAGUUCCAGGACAGCUAGGGCUACACAGAAACCAUGUCUCAACAAACAAACAAAAAACAAAACAAAAAAUUAAAGGGUAGAGGUCAAGUCCAAAUAAGGUUUCCUUAUCUGUAUUUUUCCUCAAUUUAAAUAAAGUUUCUUUGAAAUUCCUACAGUGUAUUUAAGAAAUUACCUUUCUCUUUCUUCCUCGCCUGGCAGCUUUUGGAGUAGUUAUGUCAACUGCUUUAGUCACAUCCUAAAAUGCAAAACAGCAGACAACAACAACAAAACAAAAACAAGAAAAAAGCCACAGAUGAAUAAAUUAUACAAGAAACAAGUUUUCUUAAACUAAGAUUCCUAACACCAGCGUCACAGAAAAGGAGUGGUCUCUCGUUACUCUGACCCCGGGACAGCACAACUAAUAUCUCCAGGAAAAGCACACCUUACAGAAUGCCUGCUACAUCGGGUCUGAGUGAGAAUGGCUGCCAUAGGCCCAUGUCUGUGAAUGCCCAGUCAUGAAGGAGUGCUACUGCUUGAGAAGGACUAGACGUCAGGGCCUUGUUGGAAGUGCAUCACUGAGGUGGACUCUGGGAUUUCAAGAGCCCACAGCAAGGCCUGGGAAUAAUUAUCAUGCAUCAAGUCAGCACUUUCUGUGGCAGUUACAAGUACAGAAGCAAUCACAUUACCAUGCUGAGUAUGAAGAUCAUCUAAGGAUGGCUCAUUAGAGCAAACAAAGAUUGCAUAUAACAAUUUGUCAAUUGUUUAAACAUCUGUCAAAGGCAAGAAACAGCACGGUACAUGUGAAAUUACAUUGGAA